AUGUCGAAAGAGAAAAGCGUUGAAUCAGUCAAGCUUGAAGAGGGUGUUUUAAGUACACCUCCACACAGCCGAGAUGAGCUCGCUACCCCAGACAGCGAGUCGCGAUACAUCACAGGGCUGAAGUUGUACCUCAUCAACGCUGGACUCAUCGUAUCUAUGUUUCUUGUCCAAAUGGACUCAUCCAUAAUCAGCACAGCAGUAGUCAAUAUCAGCGAUGAUCUUGGUGGAUACGAAAAGAGUUCAUGGCUAUUCACAGGAUACCUCAUUACCUAUUGCAUAUGCCUAGGCAUUUUCACGAUCUUCUCAGCUUUAUGCGGAGCCGCGCAGACGAUGAUCCAGCUCAUCAUGUUCCGAUGGUGUCAGGGUGUUGGCGGUGGCGGAGUCUUUGCUCUGGUACAGCUCAUGUUCCUGGAGCUUGUGCCAAGGAGGAAGCUUCCUGCAUACAUGAGUAUGGUCACCUCAGCACUCGCUCUAUCUCUAGUCAUUGGGCCGCUGCUUGGAGGUGGUAUCACUCAGCACGGAAGUUGGAGAUGGAUUUUCAUCGUCAAGUAG